AUGGAGCCGCGUGUGGGAAAUAAGUUCCGGCUCGGACGGAAAAUUGGAAGUGGUUCAUUCGGAGAGAUAUACUUAGGUACUAAUAUACAGACAAAUGAAGAAGUUGCUAUUAAGCUUGAAAAUGUCAAGACAAAGCAUCCCCAGUUACUCUAUGAGUCAAAGUUGUACAAAUUACUACAAGGAGGAACUGGAAUUCCAAGUGUUAGUUGGUUUGGAGUUGAGGGAGACUAUAAUGCCCUUGUGAUGGACUUAUUGGGACCUAGUCUUGAAGACUUGUUUAACUUCUGUAGUCGGAAGCUUUCUCUCAAGACAGUUCUAAUGCUUGCAGAUCAGAUGGUUAACCGGGUCGAAUUUGUUCAUUCUAAGUCAUUCCUGCAUCGGGAUAUUAAGCCUGACAACUUUCUCAUGGGCUUGGGAAGGCGUGCAAAUCAGGUGUAUGUUAUUGAUUUUGGACUUGCCAAGAAGUAUAGAGACUCCUCAAAUCAACACAUUCCAUAUAGAGAAAAUAAAAAUUUGACUGGAACAGCCAGAUAUGCAAGCAUGAACACCCAUCUUGGCAUUGAACAAAGUCGCAGAGAUGAUUUAGAAUCACUUGGAUAUGUUCUCAUGUAUUUCUUAAGAGGAAGUCUCCCAUGGCAGGGGCUGAGAGCUGGAAACAAGAAACAGAAGUAUGAAAAAAUUAGCGAGAAGAAAGUUUCAACCUCUAUUGAGGCUUUGUGUCAGGGCUAUCCUACGGAGUUCGCUUCGUACUUCCAUUACUGUCGUUCACUUAGGUUUGAUGAUAAACCAGAUUAUGCUUAUCUGAAGAGAAUUUUCCGUGACCGUUUUAUUUCUGAAGGUUUUCAAUUUGAUCAUGUAUUUGACUGGACCAUUUUGAAAUAUCAGCAGUCACAACUUGCCAAUCCUCCUCCUCGUGGCCUUGGGGCUGCUGGAGCAAGUUCAGGGAUGCCUCGUCCUAAUAUUGACAGGCAAUCAGGUGGUGAAGGGAAGGCAUUGGAUCGAUCUUCUGAAGAUGCUACUCGUGGCAGAGACUUUUUGAAUUCUCGAAGCUUAUCUAGACAGAAAGGUCCACUUGCAAAUGGCUCGUCCAUGGGUAAUGAGAUAUCUAGUUCUAACAUUGGAUCUUCAAGGAGACCUGCCAUUUCUAGUAGUCGUGAUCCACUGGCUGCCGGCGGGAAUAAUGCAAGCCCAGGAGCACUCCGAAAAAUCUCACCCCUAGUCUCCAUGGAUCACAAGCUCGCAUCUUCUACCAGAACCAUAAAGGACUUCAAAUCCACUCUCAAGGGUAUGAAGAGCCUCAGCUUAGCGAAGUGUCUGUUUUUUUAUAUCUUUAGUUUUCCAUUUGGAAAAUGUCCACAUUCGAGACAAUGGGAUGACACCAUUUGUAAUGAAGCAAUCACAACACCAAUCUGUAGCCUGAAUUUGGAUGUAACACCAGUAGUUGUUGCUAGGACAGUGACAACGGGAUUCAAAGAGUGA